AUGACGGACACCGAGUUGUCGUGUCUGGACCUCCCGUCCACCAUCCCGAAUACCUCGCGGGAGGACAGCGACCUGACCCUGGUCGGAUGCAGCCUGUCCCCGGAGCCCGUCACGCUGGUUAGGACGAAACGAGGCGGUCAAUAUCGACUCCCGCAGCGACAGCAAUUACGCAACAACCUCCUUAUCGGCGUCGGCUUCCUGGAGCUGGCCAACGCGCUGGACUUCUCCGCCAAUGUCUGGAAUGUCGUCCCUAUCCCUCGCUUCGUGGUCGCGCUGAUGGCUGUCGGUGGCUCUCUGACUCUGUUGACGUCGCUGGUCGCGGUGCGUGAUUUCCAGCUGAGCUGGUCCAACAUGCGGCUGCUGUGGGAAGAACGGAAGUAUCUCGACCAGCUCAGGGCACAGCACGCGCGGAAUAAGGAUCUUGCUCGAUACUUGGAUGGCCGCCUGGGCGUGAACGUCAGAGAAAUCGGCUCCGAACUGGUCGAUCGGGUCGUGAUGGACGGUUUUCUGGGAGCGGGCGGCGUCAUCGUCGGAAUCGGCACUUUGCUGGCCAUCGGUGGCGCCAAUGACACGGUGUUUCGUGCGAGCAAUCUUCUCUCGGGGUACAUUGGCAAUGCGCCCGCCGCCUUCUACGGCCUCGUCAAUGCCGUCUGGUCCGUGUAUCUCUGGGUUCGCUUUUGCAGACACGCCUCCGCCGUCGCUGCCACUCCCGACACCGCCCCUUUUCGACAGCGCCUGUAUCUGCGGCUGCGCCGGUUUCGAUGGCACGCGAUGGCCACGGCCGUCACGGGAUUAGUGGCCGGUGCGGCGUCCAUGGUCACGGCGACGAUGUGGUAUGGAUACGUGGUGUUGAUACCGUGCAUUUUGGCGUCCGUGUUUUGCAACUUCUACUGGCGGCUGAAGCUCGGCUACGACCGGCAGAUCAUGACGACUCUGCGGUCGUCGAGACCCCAGUCUCUGACGGAAGAAUUGGCGUAUGUGGUGUCUGUGCUGGAGGCGCUCGCGAACCACACCUUGCCAGAGCCGAUCCUCAACGUGAAACCCAUUAAUAAGAAUAAUAAUAACAAGAACAAUAACACCGAGUCCCUCUCCACGAUAAUCCAGUUCCUCGUCGACAACGAUCUCUUCGAGCACUUCUGCGAAUGGCUGCUUCUGCAGAACCCGACUCUGAGCGCGAGAUUCGCCUCCGACGCCGGUCAGGACCGAAUCCUGAUCACGGCGGACAGUCUCGUCAAGGUCUGCGCCGAAACUGCUCCUCAGGUGUACGACCAGGCAAGACACUUUCUCCAGAAAUACGGGCGGAGGCAUUUCGAGCAUUGCGAACGCUAUCUCCUCGAGCUGGUCGGGUACGAUUCAUGGCGUCAGUCAGCGGGUCUGUAA